UGAGUGCAUUAAUUAAAGCAAAGCAAAGCAAUUAAAGUAAAGCAUCGGAGGUAGAAUAAGUUUUACAGUUUAAUUUCUAUAUAAAAAUUUAUUAAAAAGUUUUAUGUGUUGAUAUUUUAUUUAAAAAUAAAUUGUUUGUAUGUUUUCUUAAAAAUUACAUUGUUGUAAAAGACUUCCUUUAUUCGAAACCAACAUUAUUAUUGAUCUCAUCGUCUCCAAUACAAAUUUACAAAGAAAAUUAAAGGUGGGAAAAGUAUUAUAGAGAAUUAGAUAUUUGGCGCUAUUAAAAAUUUUGGCAGGAUAUACAAAAUUGUUUGAAGCUUGUAGAUUUAACUGUUAACUAAGGCUUACGUUAAAAAUGUCUGAUUCUGAGAACGUUGAAACAAAGAAGCGAGGGCGAGUAGCAGCUGGUGACAAACGUGCUGCCUCGAAAAAAGAAGAAAAACAAGCGGUUACUGACGGAGAAACUGUAGCUAAAAGAGGAAGAGGAAGACCGAAAGGUUCAACUAAAAGAAAUGGAAGUGUAAAAAAACCUGUAAAAAAAGCGGCAUCAGCUGGUAAGGGUGGUGGAAGAGGACGUCCUGCUAAGAAAAAAGAAGAUUCAACUGAAGAAGAGAAUGAAGAAAAUGAUGAUACUGAAGGAAAUGAUGAAAAUGAAUCUGGCUCUGAUUAAAUCUAUAUAUAAAAUGAAAAUAUAUUAAAUAUAAGAAAGUACGUAUGGAUUAAUUUAAGGUAAAAACAAAACAAAAAAAAAAAGGAAACAACAAUGUAGAUCUUAUAGUAUUAUUUAUUAUGUCAAGAGAAAAUAUUAUUUCUUAACAGAAAUUUGAAUAAUAUUUUCAUAUUUCCAACAAAAAUUUAAAAAAUGUAUUUUAUACAAAAAGAUAGUAAAUGAGUUUGUGUUUACUCGUUAAAUAUCUACAUGAUCAAAAAUAUAUAUAUAUAAACAUUAAGACAAAAUCGAA